GCUUUAUUGCAGCAGAAAAAAGGAAUCCCUAAGUCUACAUUUGAGGAAAAAUGCUCAGAGAAUUUGAAUUAUAAACCAUAAGCAGAAUUCUAUAGCAGGAAUAUUAUUUUGAUAACAUUAAACUAGUCUAAAAAUUACCCAGGGUGGAAAUAAUAAUUCUUCAAUUUUAUAGAAACACAAUUCAAGUGUUAACCUGAUGAAGAGAAAGCUGGGUGCCCACGACAAUCUGAAGAUCACCAUCCAGCAAGAUGGGAUCAAAUUUACUGUCAAAGAAGCCAGUAACUUCCGGACCAUAGAGAUUGAAUUCACCCUGGGAGUCAACUUUGACUACAGCCUGGCUGACGGGACUGAAAUGAAUGGAAAAUGGGACAUGGAAGGAAAUAAACUUGUCGGCACGUUUACCAGAAAAGACAAUCAAAAAGUACUCAAAGCAUACAGAGAAAUUGUAGGUGAUGAACUUGUUCAGACCUACAUCUAUGAAGGAGUUGAAUCCAAGAGAAUCUUCAAAAGGGGCUGAGCACUUCACCCAGAACAGCACCAGAAUGAAGAAGCAAUGAAAAAAGACCAUUUUCUACACAUCCUCUGCUGUAUUUUUUUUCCCCUUUUAUCCCCUCACAGCACCUCCUAAGCUGCAAUUACCUAGCCCUGGUGAAAACCCAGGCUAGUUCCUUAUGUUACUGUUUCGCCUUAAAUAAAACAAAACA